UUGAACGUUUCAAAAGGCUAUAGCUAGAAAUGCUAUAGCCUUUCUUAGGUCUUGCUCAUUUCUUUCCUCGUUUCCUCCAGGAAGAACAAGGCGCGCGGAGGAGGAAGAAGCUCGAGGCGAUCAAGCUGGCCGCGCACAGGAUUCUCGAUCGCCUCCUCCGCAAGCUCCACAUCGAUCCGUAUUCUUCCACUGGCGAGACCGAGGAAUCGAUGAUGUCGGCGAUAUUCGAUCACCACCGCCACGCAUCGGAGCUCUUCGCAUCGGUCCCCAACACCGCGGCUGGAGAUCCAUCAAAUUUCUGGAGCGAGGAGCUCAAGAAAGCCCCAUUCCCGACCAACUCCUUCUGGCUCAACUACGUUCUCAAGGAUGGAUCACAGCCAGAGUACAUUCAUCCAUACCUUGUUCAGUCCAAGCCAGGCGCCUUCACGAUCUGCUAUCCAGCCAGGAUCGUUUCUCCAGCCUUCAUCAUCCAGGCAUUCACGCAGGACAUCACAAUUUCUCAUGGCCGAGGCAACGUCCCACACGUCAUCUCACACUACGACGAUCUUUCGGUAGCGCUGGAAGUUCCAGGCAAGCGCCUCAAGGUUCCUCUAGUUCGUGGAAGUCCAUACGUGACGCUGGUUUUCAAGGGUGGCAUCUCUAGCUCCAACUAUGAACCAGUGACCAUCUCAACGAUUCAUGCCAUCUUGGAGCUCACAUCAAGCCCCGACAAUACCAAGCAUCGCCUAGUUCUCAACAACAGGCAGACUUGGUGCAUCUACUCUAGCUCGGCUAUGGAGAUUGUCAAGGAUGGAGUGUCGGCUGUGCGAAGCAAGAGACCUUUCUCGGGUGCUUUGCGGCUGGCGUUGGUUCCUCGUCCUGAAAGCGAAGGGGUCCUGGACACUUUCAGUGGAAGAUAUCCCGUGAGAGGGCAUGCAACCUUUGACAGGCCUUUCAGCAUGGGCUUCGAGUGGAAGAGCCGCGGAAGGGGAGAGCUUCUCAUGCUGUGCUUACCGAUGCACAAGGAGAUAAUGGCUUCUCCAAGCCUGUCGACCUGCCGGGUGUCGAAUCUCGUCUACUCCAGCAUCGAUGGAAGCUUGGAAGGCGUCGUGGGUGACAAGUGGUCGCUGGAGCCGAGGUCGGUUUCGUCUGCGUGGUACUCGGACUGUGGCAUUUCGGACAGCUUCGCUCGCGACCAGAUCAAGCACGCCUUGGACAGAGAUGUACACGAGCUCUCGCAGAUUUCUACCAACUCGAGCUACUUUUACGGCAAGGCCGCUGCUCGAGCUGCAAGGAUGGCGCUCAUAGCCGAGGAAGUUGGCCACUAUGGAGUGAUACCGAAGCUGAGAAGCUUUCUCGACGAGGCCGUCACGCCAUGGCUCGACGGGAGCUUUGCGAGAAACGGGAUAGUCUUUGAUGCAAAGUGGGGGGGUCUGGUGAGCCGGGAGGGAGCCAGAGAUCCGGGGGCCGACUUUGGAAAUGGAGUCUACAACGAUCAUCACUACCACUGGGGUUACUUCGUCUACGCUGGAGCUGUUCUUGCCAAGAUCGACAAUGCCUGGGCCAGGAAGUACCGUGACCACCUCUACACUCUGGUGGGAGACUACAUGACUUUUAGGAAGGAAGGCUCGAGCUUUCCAAGGCUGCGGUGCUUCGACCUGUGGCUCAUGCAUUCCUGGGCUGGGGGUCUGACGGAAUUCGCGGAUGGUCGCAACCAGGAAAGCACCAGCGAGGCUGUGAAUGCGUACUACUCGGCGGCGCUACUUGGCAUGGCUUUUGGGGACGUGGGACUCAUCAACCACGGUCUCACACUCGCAGCUCUGGAGAUUCAUGCAGCGAAAUCACUCUGGUUCGUCCCUUCCAGCUCCGAUUCUUCGAUCUACGAGGAGGAGUUUGCGAGAGACAACCGGGUCAUCGGAGUUUUAUGGGCCAACAAGAGAGACACAGGACUGUGGUUUGCUCCAGCCGAGAGCAGGGAAUGCAGGGUUGGGAUCCAGGUUCUUCCUCUCACUCCCAUCACCGAGAAGCUGUUCGACGACAAAGGUUUUGUCCGGGAAGUUGUGCAGUGGACAUGGCCCAGAGUGGAGCUCGCAAAUGUUGCAGAUGGAUGGAAGGGAUUUGCCUACGCUCUCGAGGCAGUCUCUGGGGAUUCAAAGGCGGCUCUCAAGAACACUUUGGCACUCAAAGGACAUGACGAUGGGAACUCGCUCUCAAAUAUGCUCUGGUGGAUAUCUACUCGCCCGCCGUGCUAGACACGACUUUAGUCAACGUUUAUAAUGCAAGUAAUAUUCUGUAUUUUAUGCUGGUUCAACAUGUAGAUUCAGUUUCAUUCUA